CCAUGCGCGCCCGGCGGUGCCGGCGGCUGCCGCGGCCACGCUCGGGCGCGGCGCGCGCCGGGCGGCGCUGGCGGUGCUGGCGGCCUUCAUGCCGCUGGCGCUGGUGCCGCUGACGCGCGGCCCGCGGGCUAGGCCCCCAGGCGAUGCCUUCGCCGCGCCCCUGGGCAUUGGCAGGGCCACGAACCCGCUGGACGCGCCCGAGGUGGACCGGCGGCCUAGCAAGGACCUCAGCGCCGUGGACAGCGUCCGGGUGCCUCGCCCUUGAGAAGGGGAGGAGGAGCUUGCGCACGGGAGCAGCAGCACGGGAACGGCUUCGCCAGCGCAUGCAGGUGCAGCUGGACGCCCUGGGCGACAACGACGCGCCGUUCCGGGACCACGGCGUGAAGACCAUGUACACCUUCUGCGGCGGGGCUGGCCUGCUGGAGCUACACGAGUACUUCGGCUACAAGAAGGAUCUGUAUCACGAGGAGCACUUCUUUGGCAGGUUCAAGUCGACCUUCGCGAAGCUCAUCGGGCACCGCGGCUACACGAUCGACUCUUCGGAGGAGCGCGCGGACGAGUCGGGCGGGUCGUACUGGGUCGUCAGGGUGUCGGUGA